AUGGCUGGCGAGCUGCCGUCCCCGGCUGAAGAGCCCGAUGCUAACGGAUGUGAGCAAAGCAAAGAUUUCCACCCGGCUCCCGAGAUCGAAGGGGAAAUUCCCAUGGGAUCAGGGCGGAUGGAGAUGCGCAAGAGACAGACAUCUGUGGCUCAGGAGACACCGAGUUCCAUACAGGCACAGCCAGGGAUAGAAAACCGUGGGUCCAAUGCCUGCUGCUUCUGUUGGUGCUGUUGUUGCAGCUGCUCCUGCCUCACUGUUAGGAGUCAAGAUGAAAGAGCAGCAGCACAUGAACUCAUAACGGAAGCUAUUCCAAACUGUGAAGAAAGCUCAGUGCCUACUCUUGAAGAAGUGAACACCUGGAGCCAGUCCUUUGACAAACUGAUGAGAACACCAGCAGGCAGAAAUGCUUUCAGGGAGUUCCUUCGGACAGAAUUCAGUGAAGAGAAUAUGCUUUUCUGGAUGGCCUGCGAGGACCUAAAGCAGGAAUCCAACAAGGCUGUCAUUGAAGAGAAAGCAAGACUAAUAUAUGAAGAUUAUAUUUCCAUCCUUUCUCCAAAAGAGGUCAGCCUGGAUUCCAGAGUAAGGGAACUUAUCAACCGCAACAUGUUGGAACCAUCACAGCAUACUUUUGAUGAUGCACAACUCCAGAUAUAUAUGUUAAUGCUCAGAGACUCCUACCCUCGGUUUAUGAACUCUACCAUUUAUAAGGACUUAGUUGAGUCUCUCUCUCAAAAAUCUGCUGAAUCAUAGAUUUUAAAUCUAUUUAUUUUACACCCAGUCAUC